AUGACCGAAAUUAUCUAGCUUGUAUUGUCAGGGAUUAAAAAGGAAGUACAAGAGAAUUGGUAAAGCAAUAGACCAAGUGUUGGAGAAGAUAAUUAAGGAACAUGAACGAAGCUCACAUGUGCAAAGCGAAGGGCAGAAGCAUAAGGACUUCGUAGACAUUCUACUCUCACUGAUGCACCAACCGAUCGAUCCCUCUGACGAAAAAACCCAUGUCGUUGAUCGAACAAACAUAAAGGCUAUAUCCCUAGACAUGAUUGCCGGGGCAUUUGAAACUUCCGCAACGGUUGUGGAGUGGGCUUUAUCAGAGCUCAUGAGGCAUCCAAGAGUGAUGAAAAAUCUCCAACAAGAGCUAGAUAACGUGGUUGGGGCGAACAAAUUAGUAGAAGAAAAUGAUUUGUCAAAGUUAAGUUACUUGGAUAUUGUGAUCAUGGAGACCUUAAGAUUAUACCCUCCGGGACCACUUGUGCCACGCGAGUCAACACAAGAUUCUACAGUGCAUGGUUAUUUCAUAAAGAAAAAAACAAGAAUAAUUUUGAAUUUAUGGGCAAUAGGAAGAGAUUCUGCGAUCUGGUCUAAUAAUGCUGAAGAAUUUUUUCCGGAGAGAUUCGUGGAUAAAAGUUUAGACUACCGCGGACAUGAUUUCCAAUUUAUACCAUUUGGUUUUGGUCGAAGAGGAUGUCCUGGAAUAAACUUGGGACUAACUACAGUUAAACUUGUUGUUGCUCAAUUGGUACAUUGCUUUACUUGGGAGCUUCCCUCGAAUAUGACUCCAAAUGAUUUAGACAUGACUGAAAAGUUUGGUCUCUCAACCCCAAGAGCCAAACACUUGCUUGCAGUGCCAACAUAUCGCCUUCAUGGGGAAGCAACGUGACCAAUCAAGUUUAUUUUAGUUCAAGGUCUGAACUAAUAGAAAGUUGUAGUACUACUUAGGUGCUUGUCUCAUGUCUGUAUUAAUAUUAGCAUAUGCUAUUACAGUAUACAACUGUCAAAUAGAUUACUUGCGUAGUAUGUAACUACUUGGCAGUUAUGUUAGUUAGUUGGAGUUUGUUAUGUGUUAGCUAUUCCAUGUAGGUGACUACAAUAAGCAAACAUAGAUCACAAUUCAUGUAUAUAUACAUCUUGUACUUUCCAUAAUUGAGUAAUGAGAAUCACUUUUUCUAUUUG